CUGUAUUACCCACACUGCAUGUCGUCUGCAUAAUGGUCUUGGGCUCCGUACAAUGGAAUUGCAUUACCUUAAACGUUUGGACAUGAGCGAGGGGCAAAAUCAAUAGACAGUUGCCGGACUCGCCUGUGUGCUAAACAGGCAGUAGUAGAUGAGAAUCAAAUUUUCUUAAUUUGAUAUAAACAGCGAGAGGUUCGAGCGAGCACUGCUUCGGCCAGCUCUUUAACAAGGCUGAACGAGCUCCAAGCCGCGGGAUUCUAGCAUCAGAAGCGUGGCUCCCGCUAUCAUCUCGCUGUAUAUUGGAGGGCUGAGGGAUUGUGAAUCUCGUCUACUAAGAAGAAAACGGAGGUGGAUAAAAAGGCGUUUGGCACGAAACGGGAUGUGAAUGACGGUGGAUUAACUGCAUAAAACAAGAUCGUGCUGAAAACACACUACCCCCUAAUCCUGCCCGCCCGCCACCCUGGGGAGAAAAAACGGAUAGUACUCCUCCACGGAAUCGACAGGGGACGACCACACUGACGUCAUAUUGGAUACCUAUUGCCUCGUGGGCUGGCUCUCAGUGAAGACGAUUUGGCCUACAGUGCCAGAAUUGAACACGCGGGAAUGGAUACGUUUUGACAUUGGAGCAAGAGCUUUUCAUAAAACGUGUGAGGUCAGGCGAGGGGAUUCGUUUGGAAGCAGACGACAGAAGUGGGAAUGCGAGCAGCGGUGGAAUUUGUAAAUACAGCGAUGUUGUGUCGGCCGCGGCCUGGUGCUAGUACAGGGGACUUCUAGCUGGUUCUACUUCAGUUGGUGUGCUGCCGUUGGUGUUGUGACGCAAGAUGUUGCAGAUUCCGUUUUGGAGGGCCCAGCGGUCCCUGUGCAUUGCCUUGCAGCUCGUCAUAUUCCAGAGUUUCAAUGUGCUGUCUGUGCUGGGAGUAGGGGGGCUCUGCUCUAAAGCUGUCGCUGUCCAGAGAGAGUCGAAGAAGGUGCAUGUCCUACGACGUCUCCCUGCAGCGUGUUCCAACUGGGAUAAAUCUUGGGCAUGGCUCACUAAAGUAGACUGUGGGACAAAAUAUAGAUUAGAUUAUGUGACGGUGCCUCCGAGGGAAGCAGUGACGUACAGGAUAGAAUAUGCGUGCUGUGCGGGAGAUACCAAGUGUGAGUCGGAUAAAGGUUUAGUGACAUCAGAUGAGAAGUUCCUCGCCAUCAUCCUGGGCUCUACUGCCGCCGCCCUGCUCAUCCUUGUGCUUAUCAUCACCAUCAGCCUCUGCCACAAGAGGAGACAACUAAGGUGCCCUGUGAUGUGUGAUAGUGGCAGCCACAUUUAUGAAACUGCUGAAGAUAUUGAUGAGGCAGCAGAGCUCCAGGGCAACAGAGGGACGUGUGUAGACGAGACCAACAACAAGGUCUGCGAAUCAGAGUACGAGGAAAUCCGUGACUGUAAGCGCGAAUUGGGGAAAGACAGUGAUGGUCUCCCAAGAUACGCUGAUCUCUUUAGUGAAAAGAUAAAACGUGCUCAAGAAUUGGGAGUAGACCCCCCUUGUGCAGGAGAUGCAUUUAACCGAGCCACAGCACCCCCGCUAACUAGUGAGGACCCUGAUUUCGUGUCCCAGCACUGUGAUGUACAGGAAGUGCUGAGUGGCACUGCCAAAAUUCUUGUCACGGAGACAGACACUUUACAGUGCACUGUGGAAGAUAGUGAUAGGAUUUAUUAUAACAUUGCCCCUGAGAAGGACAGUGUGGAUAUGCAAGAAAGUGGGCCAUGUGAAGAGGGUGCUAGUGUGCCUACUGGGCCGGAAACAGUUUGUGCUAGUUCUGACUGCAAAUCAAACACUGAUUGCUCAAAUUAUGAUCAGCUUAUUGAACCAGACACUCUCAGUGAUGUGGACUGUCAUGAGUAUCAGAAACUUGUGGACUUAUCAGAAGCUGCUUCACAGAAUGCGAAUGCUAACGACAAGUGUAUAGUAGAGCCUAGCCAAACCCAAGUGACAAUGAACGGACACCUCGAGGCACAGAGCUGCUAGCCCUGGGGUGUAGGCGCUGUGAGAUGUGUGAAUAUGUUGAAAGGUACUGAUCACUGUAACUCUAUGUACAGUCCUUCCUCAGCCACCGUAGCCCCUAUGUAGUCAUCAGGAAUAGGCACUAAUACCUAAUGAGCUGGGAGCAAGGGCUGCCCAUGUGUAUAUUGUAUCAUAGACUUCUGUAGUUCGAUAGUCAUGGUGCACAAUGUCUGUCUCACUGUGAGGAAGUGACUGUCAUCAAUUAUCACCAAGGUUCUUCAACAGACCUGUGAUCAUUAUCUGAAAUUGUGAUCCUGUAGCUUUGGGAAGUGGUGUCAUGGCUUUUUAUACAUUAUCAGCUACUUGAUGUACUUAGAUGUACAAAUAUCAAUAAUAUUGUCAUUCUGAUGCAAAUUAUAUUCAUAGUCACUCAGAUGAUUUCCAUAAUUGAAUACCUCACAAAAUGAAAAUUCUGUUCAGUGAAAUAGGACUCCCGGACAGUUCAUUAUACGAGUGAUUGACUCAUUUAUUUUCAAAUUUGGUAGCAUAAUAUUGAAAAAUGCCUUGUCAAAAGUUGUUAAAAAUCAUAAAAAAUGGCCUCCAGCAAAAUCACUCUGACGAAAUGUGUUAUCAAUUCUUGUCAUUAAAAUAAUAAAAUGAAUUCCAAGCUUAUUCAGCAAGAGAUGGCAGCUCUUCCUCUUCCAAUGAACAUAAUGACACCAUCUCUAUCACAUGUCCAAGAGUCUCCCUUCCAUCUUGGAAUCUGUAUAUAUACUUCAAGACGCAUUACACCAUGACUAUCAUCUAUACAGCAUCACAGCAUGGUGAAUGUAUCCACUCCUUGCCUCUCCCAGAUAGGAUGUAUGCUCUACAUGGUGACACCAUGUGCCAUGAUUCUGAAGAGAAAGACUUCUGCUGAGUGUAUAGAUUUAUUUUAUCAUCUGUAUGCAGAAUUCAAGUGUAUCUGUGCUUUUAUUGGUUUGUAUUCUGUUUGUAAGUUACAUGUUUUUCGAACCUUCAGGAAGUCUUGAUGUACAUAGGAGUCCAAGAGCACCUGCAUACGUUUGUGACAGAAGCAACAAAAUGUUGCAAGGCAUUUGAUUUUAGUACUGUAAUCUAUUUUUACACGUUAACAGAAGAAAUAACUCCUUCCUUAGCAUUCAUGCCAAGAAGGAUUAAUAACCGUAUAACAUUUCUCAUUUUCUUCCUAAUCAUAGAUGGCCCAGUGGUCUAAGGUGUCACAUUUAUUUGCAGAGUUGCAUCCCUUGUUGGUGUGAGGAUACGCUGGUCGUGGGUUCUUAACCAAUCUACUGUUUUAAGCUGCUAUGAGCCUCUCAAUCUUUUGACUGUAUUCAUUCGAUUAGAAGUCUGCUUAAAAGUAAAUGCAAUCCAUAAAUGUUUUGUUUCUAAACAGAAUCUUUCCUUGUAAUACAGCAUGAAAAGCCAAAAAUCUUAUUUAUUUGUUCAGUUUUGCCAAAUAGGGAAAAUGUUUGUCACAGCUUGGUAGUAUGAUAUGAUGCCGUGUGCGUACUGCAGAUGUCACAUCAUAGCUGAAAGUAAGA